AUAACCUAAAGCCGCAGCUUCCACUCUUCACUUUGUUUCUCUAGCUUUGUAGCUCUUGUUUCGCUUAUUCAUCCAAAAUGGCUAGAGGAUUGAAGAAGCAUUUGAAGAGGCUCAAUGCUCCCAAGCAUUGGAUGCUUGACAAAUUGGGCGGUGCUUUUGCUCCUAAACCCUCAUCUGGGCCACACAAGUCCAGGGAAUGCCUGCCACUCAUCCUCAUAUUGCGUAACAGAUUGAAGUAUGCUUUGACAUACCGUGAAGUCAUUGCUAUUCUGAUGCAACGACAUGUCCUUGUUGAUAACAAAGUUAGGACUGACAAGACUUAUCCUGCUGGAUUCAUGGAUGUUGUGUCCAUCCCUAAAACAAAUGAGAGCUUUCGCUUGCUUUAUGAUACCAAAGGAAGAUUCCGUCUCCAUUCUGUCAGAGAAGACGAGUCAAAGUUCAAGCUCUGCAAGGUCCGCUCAGUGCAAUUUGGGCAGAAAGGUAUCCCAUACCUGAACACCUAUGAUGGUCGCACCAUCCGCUACCCAGACCCUGUCAUCAGGGCUAAUGACACCAUUAAGCUGGAUCUUGAGGAGAACAAGAUUGUUGACUUCAUCAAAUUUGAUGUUGGAAAUGUAGUCAUGGUUACUGGUGGAAGGAAUAGGGGACGUGUUGGAGUGAUCAAGAGCAGGGAGAAGCAUAAGGGAACCUUCGAGACAAUCCACGUUCAGGAUGCCACCGGUCAUGAGUUUGCAACCCGUUUGGGCAAUGUGUUCACCAUUGGCAAGGGUACAAAGCCAUGGGUGUCUCUUCCCAAGGGUAAGGGUAUCAAGCUUACAGUUAUUGAGGAAGCUAGGAAGAGAGCUGCUGCAGCCCAACAAGCAGUUGCUGCUUAAAUUUUCUUUGGAAUGAAUUUAUAAUAGACUGAAGUGUUUUGUAGCUUUAUUCAACUCUUUUGGUUUUACUUGUCUUUUCAAUUUUGUUCUCUAUCAAUCAACAAUACCUCUUUAUUAUUUUGAUAAAAAUUAAGGGGAUAAUGUAUAACAUUCUCUGAUGAGCUUGUUUUUAAAGAAACUUAAGAUAAUGGCCUA